UAUCAACCCAUCCACCUCCUCAACAUUAUUAUGUAUUCAGUAUUCUCAUCUCUGAUCUCUCACAAGCAUUUCAUCAAACACAUAGUGAGCAAUGUCACUAAUCCCCAGAAACACCUCCAACAAUCCAACCCCUUUCACCCCAUUUUCCCAAAACUUCUGGGAUCACUUCUUCUCCCAUGAUUUCCCUCUCCACCCCUUCACAAACUUCCCACUCUCCCCUUUUCUCUCUCCUCCUCGCACAGUCCCAUACUCGGAACUCGCCGUUGAAACCUCCGGCGACGUCAGAACCCGGCUAGAAUGCAAGGAGAUCCCAGAAGCGCACUUGAUCGUAGCAGAAUUGCCCGGAGUUGAGAAGCACGAGGUGGAAGUUGCGGCGGAAGAUGGCGAGUUUGUUAAGAUAAGCGCCGUUGAUGGGAGGUUCUCGUGGCGGUUGAGGUUGCCGGAGGAUGCGAAGGCUGAGUUGAUGAGCUUCUCAAUUGAGAAUGGUGUGUUGACUGUUGUGGUUCCGAAGUUUAUAAGGGAUAUGAUGUGGGAUUGGGAGAGAGGGGAUCACGAUGGAGGACGUGAUGUUAGGGUCGUUGAAAUUACGGGCGAAGAUGAAUAGAUCGGGUACGAGUCAGAUUUGUCGAGUCUACAACUAUUUAAAGAGUUUAGGGAAGUUCCCUUAGAUGUUAGGAAUGUAAAUGUUUGUGUAUGAUGUUGAAUGUCUGUACUCUCGUUAUUUUGUGUGUAGUGUAUAGGCUUGUAUUUACAAAUGUUAUGUGUGUUAACCUUAGUUAAAAGGUGGAUUAUGUGAGUAUUAUGAAUUAUAUGGAGUACUUUGUAGCAUUUAUGAUUGUUGUGUGGUAUUAGUUUUUAGAAUUGCUAAAAGAUUAUGGAAUAAAUUUUGUGUUGUUUGCACCCAAAAAAA